AUGGCUAGCACAUACGUUGAGAACUUCAACCAACUUAUCCCAGUGGGUGAACAGAUCGAGAUAAGGCUAAGAGAUGGAUGGUUCAAUGAACCGGCUCAUCAAGGAAAAAGGUUCACCAUGAAGAAAGAUAAAGAACCGACCACUGAAAUCAAUGUUGCAUAUGCACAACCAGCCCUUAGUAAGCCUCCGAUGGUUCGUGUCCCCGGGAAUAAGCAAGAUGGAGGCCGAGUGCUUGCACCGUGGCAAUUCACCAAAAGGCAGUUCUCUCCUCUUCUUGGCCCUCUAUCUCAAGUCUUGCCGAUACUCCAAAAGAAAGGAUUGAUCUCCCACGAACCAAAGCGGCCCAAUGCUGAAAAAUUCUCCAACUAUGAUCCCUCCAAAAAUCACAAGAUCCAAAAUUUGUUGGAUACUAAGGCAUUUUCUUUCCGUACCACCCAACCGAAUGUCAAGAAGAAUCCAUUGUCGGAACAUCAGGGAAAUGUGAAUGCAAUCUUUGAGUUCAAUGCUGGCAAAAAGAUGAACUUGAAGGUGUCUGUCAAAGAUAUCUAUAGCGGAUUAGUUAGAGUUGGUUACUAUCCCACAGAUGAGAAUCCUCCCUUGCCUACCAAGAAGGAAAAUGUUCAAGAAAUGGUUAAGGCCGGCAUGAUCGUGUAUGUUGAUCAAGCUGGAAUAGUGUCAACUAUCUCUGAAGUCAUCAUUGAUUGGGAGAAAGAAUUUGCUAAGCUAAGUGCUGAAAAGAGUGAACCAGAUCCAUUGAUCGAGGACAUGCCCCCGCUUGAGGACGCCUCUGACCAUGAAGGACUGAUAGUGAAAGUGCCUUCAACUGAUGAAGAAAUAAUUAUUGAGAUGCCCCAGCUAUAUGAGUACAAGGAUAACAAAGCAAUCCCUUGGUCAUACGAGCUAGAAGUUGACCUGAUUACAAGGUUUGGUCGAACCUAUGCUCAAGCUAAUGCCCAACCUGCAAAGCCAAUUACUGACGAAGAGGCCAAAGAAUUUCUGGCUAUAAUCAAAGCAAGUGAGUAUAACGUGGUCGACCAGUUACGGAUAUUGCCCGCUCAGAUCUCUUUACUUGAACUCUUGCAAAUGUCUCCUACACAUCAAAAGUCUCUAAUGAAGGUUCUAAGCGAAGUUCGUGUACCAAAAACGAUCGAAGUAAACAGGUUGGAGGAAUUUGUAGGGUCAAUUCUUCUUAAGGAUUUAAUAGCCUUUUUUGAUGAAGAAUUCCCUCUUGAGGGGAGGAGACAUACUAAGGCGUUAUAUAUAUCCGUCAAGUGCAAGGCUUCCCAUGUGGCUCGAGUACUCAUUAAUAAUGGGUAUGCAUUGAAUAUCUAUCCAUUGGCGACUCUUCACCGCCUUAAAAUAGAUCAUUCAAAAAUAAAUGCUGCAAAAACCUCCAUCCGAGCUUUUGAUGGUACGAGAAAGGAGGUGAUAGGGGAGACCCACCUUGAUCUGCAAAUAGGGCCGGUGAUGUUCAACGUCCUUUUCCAGGUGAUGGACAUUCCUACCGCAUUCAAUUUCCUAUUAGGUCGCCCCUGGAUUCAUACUGCUGGAGCUGUGCACUCAAGUCUCCACCAAAGUGUGAAAUUUGUUGUUAAAGGAAAGCUUGUCAUUGUUCAUGGCGAGGAAGAUCAUCGGAUCUAUCAUGAGACGGCAAUCCCCUAUGUCGAGCCAGAGCGUAAGGAGGAGUCAAGUUACCAAUCGUUUGAACUUGUAUCCACUAUUCAUGCAUCUCGAGGAUCGACAGCACCCAUCCCUGAUAUGUCUAAUGCAGCAGUUAUGGUAGCAAGAGUGAUGGUUGGAAAUGGCUUUAUUCCUGGCCAUGGACUUGGGUACCAUGGAAAAGGAGGAGGACAUGAGCAAGAGAGGAAAAACUCAUUACUCCUCGACAUCCGUGAGACAUUCCCCGGCCCUGCUAGAAUGAUGCAUGAUGAAGGAGGAGUGAUCGCCACCCGUGGUAUCGUGCCCGAUGGAUGGAGUAGCAUGGAUGACCCGACAACUUCAAAGACAGAGGAUCCAGAUAAUGGGAUGGAAGGGAUCACAACCCUAUUCGAUGAACUCCUUAUAGGUGCCAUUGACGAAGAACCAUCGGAGGAAAUGGGUGCUAGCCCACAAGAGAGCAACCUUAUGGUAGGCAAGGAGGUGAAAAUGGUCCAAUCUAAUGCCAUGAGCGAUGACGGUGAUGACUAUGAUGAUCCAAAUGGUGACUCCAUUGAAGUACAACAAAGUUGGGAGCAACAUGAAAAAACCAAAGUUCUCACCUCCGAGCAAACUGUCACUCUUAAUUUGAGUGAUGCCGAAGAUCCCAAAGAGAUAAAAAUUGGGGCAAAUCCCCAAAGAGAGGCCGAGCUCCUGACUCAAUUGCUAAAAGAAUAUCAGGAUAUUUUUGCUUGGACAUACACUGAUAUGCCAGGUUUAGAUCCAUCAAUUGUGGAACAUUGUUUGCCCACUAAUUCAGACAUGCGUCCUAAGAAGCAGAAGCUUCGGAGGACUAAACCAAAGCUCUCGAAGAAGAUAGAAGAGGAAGCAAUGAAACUUCUCAAAGUGGGAUUCAUCGAAGUCUCACAAUAUCCUGAAUGGGUGGCCAACAUAGUAUCGGUCAUGAAGAAAGACGGUCGAGUCCGGGUGUGUGUUGAUUAUCGGGAUUUGAACAAGGCCAGCCCAAAGGACAACUUCCCAUUGCCACAUAUCGAUGCUCUCGUAGAUAGUACUGCCGGAUUUGAAUUAUUCUCUUUCAUGGAUGGCUUUUUUGGCUACAACCAGAUAAGAAUGAAGGAUGAAGACAAAGAGAAGACAUCAUUUAUCACCCCGUGGGGAACCUUUCAUUAUAAGGUCAUGUUCUUCGGACUCAAAAAUGCAGGGGCAACUUAUCAGCAAGUCAUGGUUACAUUGUUCCAUGACAUAAUACAUGAAGAAAUUGAGGUGUAUGUUGACGACAUGAUUGCAAAAACCCGACUUGAGAAAAGUCAUGUUGAAACCCUCAAGAAGUUAUUUGAUCGGCUCCGUGAAUUCAAACUCCGUUUAAACCCUACCAAGUGCGUGUUCGGGGCAGCAUCGGGUAAAUUACUUGGGUUCAUUGUGAGUAGUAAAGGGAUCGGGAUUGACCCAUCUAAAGCCAAGGCAAUAUGUGAGUUGCAACCUCCGUCGACAGUGAAGGAGGUCCAAAGUCUCCUGGGGAGACUAAAUUACAUUGCACGAUUCAUUUCCCAACUCUCUGAGACUGCUAAGCCGUUCUUCAAACUCUUGAGGAAAAAUGUACAAGUUGAGUGGAAUGAUGAAUGUCGAGAGGCGUUCAAUAAGCUAAAGCAAUAUUUGAUGAAUCCACCAGUUCUUGUCCCACCAAUAUUGGGGCAUCCUUUGAUUUUGUACCUCACAAUCCAUAGUGAGUCACUCGGUGCGAUGUUAGCUCAAAAAACUCCCGUGGAUCAAAAGGAACAGGCCAUUUAUUAUCUCAGUAAAAAGUUCACUGUCUCGAAGCUAAAAUAUUCUGAUGUUGAAAAAACUUGUGCUGCGUUAGUAUGGGUAUUGCAUAGACUGCGACAGUACACCUUGCAUUACCAAACGUUUCUCGUAACUGAGAACGAUCCCAUCAAGUAUUUAUUUAAUCAACCAGCUUUGGUGGGUAAGCUAGUCAAAUGGCAGGUCUUGAUUUCGGAAUUCGACGUGCAGUUCAUGCCACAAAAAUCAGUUAAAGGCCGAGUAAUUGCUGAUAUAUUGGCUGAGAAUCCUAGAAACUUGAAUGAUAAUGAUUGUCCUUUGGAUGAUCAUAUGUUGGCCAUAAAUGAAGAUGCAUGGUCUAUGUUCUUUGAUGGAGCUGUGAACUUGUCCGGUUCUGGUACUAGGGCAGUAUUGAUAUCCCCAGACGGACAACACUACCCAGUAGCCGCGAAAUUAAUAUUCCCAUGCACUAACAAUAUAGCUGAAUAUGAAGCUUGUAUUCUCGGACUUCAUGCCGCAAUUGAAAUGGGAAUGGCCAAAUUGAAAGUAUAUGGAGAUUCCGCACUAAUCAUACUCCAAACUGUAGGUGAAUGGAAGACCAGGGAUGCCAAAUUACUUCCGUAUCACAAGUACCUCGAGGAGUUGGUAAAGGAGUUCGAUGAAAUUUCAUUCGACUACUUGGCUAGAUCUCAUAAUCAGUUUGCCGAUGCCCUGGCAAUGUUGUCAUCUAUGUUGCAAGUUACUGAUGGUUUAGAACUUGAGCCUUUGAAAAUUGAGGUUCUAGCCAAACCUUCUUAUUGCAUGGUUGUGAAUGAAGAGCUUGAUGAGAAGCCAUGCACUCCAGCCGAUAGAAAAUACAUAAUGAAGAUGGCCUCAAAGUUCUUCGUCAAUGGUAAGAAUUUAUACAAGAGAUCUUAUGAUUCAGUUUUAUUGAGAUGCGUAGAUGAAGUAGAAGCCACCCAAAUCAUGCAAGAAGUGCAUGAAGGAGUUUGCGGCCCACACAUAAAUAGGCACAUGUUAGCCAAGAAGAUCAUGAAACUAGGUUACUAUUGGCUUGCGCUAGAAAGUGACUGCAUACAGCAUGUUAGAAGUUGCCAUUGUUGCCAAAUUCAUGGAGAUAAAAUAAAUGUUCCUCCCACGGAGUUACGCCAGCUAUCUGAGCCAUGGCCUUUCUCAAUGUGGGGGAUCGAUGUGAUUGGCCCGAUAAAUCCCAAAGCUUCAAAUGGGCACCAGUUCAUAUUGGUGGCAAUAGAUUAUUUUUCAAAGUGGAUUGAAGCCGCAUCAUAUGCUAAUGUCACAGCUCGAAACGUUGUGAAGUUUAUUAGGCGUGACAUAAUCACCCGUUAUGGUGUCCCCGAAGCAAUUGUCACUGACAAUGGGACAAAUCUGAAUAACAAGUUCGUUGAUGAGUUGUUCAGUGAGUUCAAAAUCAGGCAUUUGAAUUCAUCAUCAUACCGCCCACAAAUGAAUGGAGCUGUUGAGGCAGCUAAUAAGAACAUUAAGAAGGUCCUAGCUAAGACAGCCGAGAAUUAUCAAGAUUGGCAUGAUAGGUUACCUUUUGCUCUAAUGGCAUAUCGGACAUCGAUCCGAACAUCCACCGGGGCGACCCCUUUCUCCUUGGUUUAUGGCAUGGAGGCAGUCUUGCCUGUGGAAGUAGAAAUCCCCUCUUUGAGAGUCUUAUCCCAAGUGGAAUUGUCCGAGGCAGAACGGACACAACAAAGGUUCGAGCAAUUGAACCUGAUUGAUGAGAAAAGGUUAAAAGCUCUUUGCAAUGGCCAAACGUAUCAACAAAGAGUAGCCAAGUCUUUCAAUCGGAAGGUACGGCCGAGACACUUCGAAGUGAAUGAUCUAGUUCUAAGAAAGGUGUUGCCGAUUUUUCCUGAUCCUAGAAGCAAAUUUGCUCCAAAUUAUAGCGGCCCGUAUAUGGUGAAGAGGGUACUCCCUGGAGGUGCCUUAAUCCUUACAGAAAUGGAUGGUCGUGAGUUUUCUAACCCUAUUAACUCUGAUGCUGUGAAGAAGUAUUACCCUUGA